AUGGAGCCGAGCAGCCAGCGGGAGCCGGCGAGCUCCCGCCUCGGCCCCGGCCCGUCCUCCCUGCCGCAGCCCGACGCCCCGUUUUCGUGGCCGCGGCUCUUCUCUCAGCUGCUGCAGCGCCUCCUGCCCGGCCCGCCCGCCUCCGUCCUCCUGCUGAAGGCCCACGCCGCCGACCCCGAGCCUGCCUUGCCCGGGUGGGGAGCGGCCGAGCUGGCCCCGCUUCUGGUCAAGCACCACUUGGGCCUGGUCUCCUCCUCCUCGUCCUUCGUGCUGGGCGGCGCCGACGGGAGCCCGCUGCCGCGGCCCUUGGGCGCCUCUUGGGAGCAGCUGCUCGAAGACCGGCAUGGCUGCUCCAAGCUGCCCGGGAUUUGGCGGCAGCUGCGGGGCAGCGAGGCGGCGCUGGGCGGGCCGGAUCCCGACUACGGUUACCAUAGCUUGGAGGAAGAGCUGCAGCGGGAGGCCCGGGCGCUGAGAGAGCCCGCGGGGCGGGCGGUGGGUUGCUGCCAGCCAGGGCCAGGGGGGCCGGACCCCGGAAGCACGCGGGGGGGCCCCGCUGCGGGGGAUCCCUGCGAGGAGGCCGGGGCGGGGGCCAGCCGCGUCCCCGACGAGGACUCUGACUUAGAGCAAGACUCGCUGCCGGUGGAGGCCAGACCGGCCUGUGCCAACCAGCUGAUCGACUACAUCCUGGGGGGCGCCUGCAGCGGGGAGGAGAGCGAGGAGGAGGAGGAGGAGGAGGAAGAUUGGGAUGGGGACGAGGAGGGCGAUGACGGGUUUGACAGCGAAGGUUCCCUUUCGGAAUCUGACGCGGCCAGCCAGGAGGGGGAGAGCGCGCAUUUGUGGGACUCCUUUCGCAGCCUAGAUCCUUACAACCCCCAGAACUUCACAGCUGCUAUUCAGACUGCUGGGGAGGAAGCCAAAAAAGAGCCUCCUGGCGAGCCAGGUAGCGCAGAGGAUGUGGACGAUUCUUCCUCUUGGACGGAAAGCGCCGGGGAGGAAGAUGACUGGGAGUCCAGCUGCCUAGAUGAGUCUGAAAACCUGAAGUUGUGGAACUCUUUCUGUCACUCGGAGGACCCUUAUAAUCCUUUCAACUUUAAGGCACGGCUUCAGACUGCAGAAAAGAAAAGGAAGCAUGACUUGAAAGGCCCAACGGAGAAGUGUCUUGGCCUCUCUCAGCGGACCGUCUAUCUUAGUUGUCAAGUGCAUAUGCUUGAUAACCGGCAGCCUGAGAUCAAGGAAACUCUGGCGCAUGGCAUCCUUUCUAGAGAAAAGUGCAAGAAGAACAAAAAGGUGACUUUCUUAGAAGAAGUUACUGAGUAUUACGUGAGCAGUGAAGAAGAUCGCAAAGGACCCUGGGAAGAACUUGCACGUGAUGGUUGCAGAUUCCAUAAACGAAUUCAAGAAACUGAAGAUGCUAUCGGGUACUGCUUAACAAUAGAGCACAGACAGCGAAUAAUACAAAGGCUCCAGGAAAUGUGUUACAGAAAGCUUGAUGUUUUCUAGCACCUUAAUAAACUGUAAAAAAUUAACACAUUUAAUAAUACUCAUGAACAUCUCGCAAAAGAUCACUUUUUCUAAUAAAAUGGCAGCUGC